CCACGCAGUCGUCGCCGUCGCUGGCGGAGGAGCUCGAGGCGGCAGCCGCGGCAUCGGGAGUACCCUUCGAGCUACUCGAGGCAACGCAUCGUAGCCUGUACCGGUUCAUCCGCCGGCACCACGAUGAAAUCGACCUCGAGAUCGGCGACCCGAUUUACGUGCAAAAGGAGGCCGACGACCUCUGGUGCGAGGGAGUGAACUUGCGGACGGGCCGACAGGGCAUCUUUCCGUCGGCGUAUGCCGUCGACAUGGACUACAGCGACUUUGACCCCGCGACGCCGAAGGUGAAGAAGGAGCGCUACCUCCUGGGCUACCUCGGCUCCGUCGAGACCCUGGCUCACAAGGGCACGAGUGUCGUUUGCCAGGCGGUGCGCCGGAUAGUCGGCAACUCGACGCAAGAGCCGCCAUCCUCGCAGAGCUGCAUCCUCGAGGUCUCCGAUCAGGGUCUCAGGAUGCUCGACAGGAGCAAAACCCAGAAGAGCACUGGCCCGUGUCACGACUACUUUUACUCACUGAAGAACGUAUCGUUCUGCGCCUUCCACCCCCGGGAUCAUCGUUACCUCGGCUUCAUCACAAAGCACCCCACACUCCAGAGGUUCGCCUGUCACGUUUUCAUCGGCCAAGAAUCGACCAGACCUGUUGCCGAAGCUGUCGGACGAGCUUUUCACCGAUUUUACACAAAGUUCAUCGAGACGGCUUUCCCCAUAGAGGACAUAUACAUCGAGUGAGAGUAUGACAUCCCUGGACGAGGAAUUACUUGUAAAUACGUUAGCUUUAGUGGCCAGCGCACGGCCAGACAACUGCGACUUAUAAAUACAUGAAAAUGACUAUGUAUUUGGAAUCAUAAAUGUAUAAUAAAAAAAAAUACAUAUAUAUA